CUGGGCCCGUAGACCGUGUCACCCGGUGGACACGAUGGAGACGUGUGUUUUGAUACCGCAGGAAUUUGCCCUCGCCGUGACAGGUGUCGGCGCUCGUCACUCGCCGGAACAGACGGCCACCGUUUGGUCCAGCGUGCCGAUUCCCCAGGGACGCCUGUGCUACCCAUUCCAGGGCACGGUACGGAUCGACAAGCUGGCCAUCUAUACCGCCCUGUCCGAGGAUGAUAUUCGACACCGGUUUGGACUGUACGACGAGAUCACCACUGUCAAUGGACGAACGGUACGACACUGCAACUGGAUCCGGUUCCUGCGAGUGUCGGAAACGUACGGCCCACAGGUGAACGUGGUCUGCGCCAAGGUGAAAGGUGAGCCGAUCUACGAAAUCGUGAAGGCGAUCCCGUCGCAUCAGGAGCUGGUCGUCUACUAUCUGCCCGAGGGCCCCGAGGAACUGUUCUUCAUCCGGAUGCGUAGCCAGCUGUAUCGCCAAACGAUGGACUCGAUUCUCGAAGACUCACCGCUGGACCUUUCGACGUCGCUCCUGUCGAGGGUGAUGCUACCGAUCUCACCGUCAUCGGGCGCCGAAGAUGAACACAAGUCGGUGUCGGGCGACGACUCAUCGAUCUCGAUCUCGUCCGGAGCGAGCACCGGUGGGGAUCGGUGUGAUGGUGCGCUGGAUCUCGAGCUGGCGGCGAUCUCCACCGGACCCGGGUCCCGCGCGUCGCCCAAGGCGCGUCCUACGGCCCGUUCCGAGCGGGCCAUGUUACCGUGCGAGGUGUGCGGAAAGGCGUUCGAUCGUCCUAGUCUACUGAAGCGUCACAUGCGCACGCACACCGGCGAAAAGCCGCACGUGUGCGGUGUGUGCGGCAAGGGCUUCAGUACGUCCAGCUCGCUCAACACACACGUCCGGAUACAUUCGGGCGAAAAGCCCCACCAGUGUCAGGUGUGCGGCAAACGGUUCACCGCCAGCUCCAACCUCUACUACCACCGGAUGACGCACAUCAAGGAUAAACCGCACAAAUGCAGCCUUUGCUCCAAAUCCUUCCCCACGCCGGGCGAUCUCAAAUCGCACACCUACGUCCACAACGGUUCCUGGCCGUUCAAGUGUCACAUCUGUUCGCGGGGCUUCUCCAAGCAGACCAAUCUCAAGAAUCAUCUCUUCCUGCAUACCGGUGAUAAGCCACACGUUUGCGAUGUGUGCAAAAAAUCCUUCGCGCUUGCAUGCAAUUUGAAAGCCCACAUGAAAACCCACGAAGAAAACCCUUCACCCGAAUCGGAGAUCGACGUGGACAGUGAUCUGCGCAGCGAUGGGGAGGAGAUUGGUCCACUGUUUGGCUAUGAAAAACCCGACGAAAGGCUGCCCCGGUAUCACUGGAGACAUUCGAAAGCGGAACCAAUUGCAAGGAGUCGCUAAACCUCCCAGCAGCGGACAAAAGGUCCCAACGCGUCCCGCCCAUCAAGAAUUAUAAAGGCUGUACAACAACAUUAGUUAGAUUAUGGUCCAUACCAAUAACAUUUAAAACAUUGACU